AUGAACAUGUUGGACGUAGAAGACGACAGAUUCCACGUCCCACGUGAAGGCUACUCCCAUCUGAGUGACUCAGAAUGGGAGGUAGUCAGCCGCACGAGUGUUCUCAUGGGCGAAACCGCCAUCAGUGGUAUGUUGGAGUCUCUCAGCAGAGACCAGCAACAUGCUGCUACCAACAAGUUUCUACAAGGGUACUUGCCGUCGAACGACAGAAAAUAG